GUCGGAAUGCAGGUGGGAGAAAGAACGUGUCUAUUGCUGUCGUUAACUGUAAUUUGGAUGAGAGAGAGAGUGAGAGAGAGAGAAUCUGCUAGAAAGGGACAGCGGAUAAAUGCGGAUGCAAACAUAGAUCCAGGUUGUCCGUAUGGACGGAUUUGGAGACAGCUAACCUGAGAAAGAGAAAGAUCUGUUGUUGAGCGGAAAAGGUUGGACCUGAUCACUGUGAAGUCUCAGUCUUCUUUAUCCAAGCAGAAGAGAUUACAAUUUAGAAAGCCACACAAGAAACAGAACUAGCCAUGACCACUCACGAGUCGGAAGUGUACCCGGUGGCACCGGAGAUGCCGGCCAUGUUUGAUGGGAUGAAGCUGGCGGCCGUUGCCACCGUGCUCUACAUCAUUGUCCGGUGCCUGAAUCUGAAAAGCCCCACUGCGGCACCGGACCUCACAUGCCAGGACACACCACUUAACCGCUUCCUCCUCAAGUCCUGCCCCUUACUGACCAAAGAGUACAUUCCUCCGCUGUUGUGGGGGAAAAGCGGCCAUUUACAGACGGCUCUGUAUGGAAAGCUGGGCCGCGUGAGUUCGCCACACCCGACCGGCCUGCGCAAGUUUCUGCCAAUGCAGGAUGGCGCCACAGCGACCUUUGAUCUCUUCGAACCCCUGGCGGAUCAUCAGAGUGGAGCGGACGUCACCAUGGUUAUCUGUCCAGGCAUUGGGAACCACAGCGAGAAGCACUACAUCCGCACAUUUGUGGAUUACUCACAGAAGCAAGGCUACCGCUGCGCCGUGCUCAACCACCUCGGGGCCUUGCCCAACAUCGAGCUCACCUCCCCCCGCAUGUUCACCUAUGGCUGUACCUGGGAGUUUGCAGCCAUGGUGGGCUACAUAAAGAAGACCUACCCUCAGAGCCAGCUCAUCGUGGUGGGCUUCAGUCUCGGUGGCAACAUCGUCUGCAAAUUCCUGGGGGAGAACCAUGCCAAUCAGGAGCGUGUGCUGUGCUGCGUGAGCGUGUGCCAGGGCUACAGUGCACUCAGAGCUCAGGAGACCUUUCUGCAGUGGGAUCAGUGCCGGCGCUUCUAUAAUUUCCUCAUGGCUGACAACAUGAAGAAGAUUAUUCUGUCACACAGGGGCAGUCUAUUUGGAGGAGGCUCUCUUAAGUUGAUAGAUGCAGAUCUGAGACGCCUUUACACUGCCACCUCUCUUAUGCAGAUCGAUGACAACAUCAUGAGAAAAUUCCAUGGACACAAUUCUUUGAAAGAGUACUAUGAGAAGGAGAGCUGUGUGCACUUCAUUCACAAUGUGAACGUUCCACUCCUGCUGGUGAACUCCGCCGACGAUCCUCUCGUACACCAGUCUCUUCUCACCAUCCCACGCACACUCGCAGAAAAGAAAGAGAAUGUGAUCUUUUCUCUGACACUGCACGGCGGACACUUGGGCUUCUUCGAAGGCGCCGUUCUCUUCCCGCAGCCUCUCACCUGGAUGGAUAAGGUCAUCGUGGGGUACGCCAACGCCAUCUGCCAGUGGCAAAAGCAGAAGCCAACAUGCCAAAGCCAGGAAGCCCAAGCCUCAGAGGGCACAUGCUUGAACAAUGCUUCCUAAACUUUGACCUCUGCCCUCUCUCGAAUCAUGCCCAUUCACCAUCAAACCACUCAGACCUUUCUGACUGGUCUGACCUUUAUGACUCCUCUUACACACACACAAAAAAAGUGUCUUUGUGAUCAGUGCUAGAGAAAAUGUUUCAUAGUUUGGGGAUCGCUCACAACACAGGUAUACGGGCACAUAGACGAUAGAGAGGAUGAAAUGAGGACAGUGUUAUACAUGUACCAUAUUUUCUGGACUUAAAAGAUUAUUACUUCAUGUAGUGACCCAUAUAUUUUGCAUCACGCUAAUUCUAAGUACGUUUAUUUGUGUUAAAACGCAAACAAUAGUUUGGCACUACAGUAACGCAAGCAUAAAAGAUUUGUUUCCUGGUGAAAUCUUAAUCUUUAUAUAUAUAAAUGAAUAUAUAAGAAUGUAAUAUAAUAUAUUAGAUUCUUAUAUAUAUUUAUAUACAAGAUUAAGAUUUCACAUAUAUACAGACUGAAAACUAUAUAUAAAGAUACUCCAGAAAAAUGAAAAAUUGAGUUUAAAGAUCACAGAAUAAGGAAAUCCCAAAGCAAGAUUUCAGAAAUCUUUAGUCAGACUGCCUGAUUUUACCACCAUGUUUAACACACAGUGACAACUGAAGGGCUCUGCAGACCAUAAUAUUUGUUAUGACUUCUUGAUAAGGAUGGACUUAUGGACCAAUUACACUAAAGUGCCAUUAUAGAGGCAGUAAAAAGAUAUUUAGAAAUGACUGCUACAUUAAGCCAACUCGAACCGAUCCAUAGAUAUGCGUCUUGCUCUUGGAUACAACCUAUUGUCUGGAAAAUACGGUACACGUCAUGUCGGUUUAAAUACGUCUGGCCCUAGCGUGUGUAAAAGAAGUUUACUUGAAGCUACUAGAGUGGAAAGACUUCAGCACAAACAGCUACUGUAGACCGACCGUGCACUACCACACUGUAUAUAACACUGAGGGAACUGGCCGUUAUGCAGGCACUGUGUGCUUAUUGUGAGGACGGGCAUGCUGCUGGUGCCUCUUCUGUGCUCUUCAACACGCUCUGGUCUGUUGAUAACUCGACUAGACCGAGUCAGCACUUUUCAUUUUAUUGUAUUAUUCAUUUUGGGUGGGGAAAAAAAUGUUAAACAUAAAUCAUCAAAGCUAAAAAAACGCUUUUUCUUUUUUUUUUAUUAAAGCACUUUAUUAUUUUU